AGUCUUGUGUGAAAUUAAUUAGUUUAUCAGAAAAAAAUAUAUUUUUAAUGCUGAGAGUGCUAGCUAGCUAGUAAAAGUAGACAGAAUAUCAAAAUCAAGGAAUAUCGUUUCCUCAUCCAAUAAUUUCCUUUGAUUCAGAUGUCUAGCAAACGAAGUAAAGAAAGCAAGCACUCCACUUCGAAGUGAUUUUUUUCACAUCAAAUUUAAAUUUACGGACGGAAACGCAAGCAGACAAAGCGCUGAAAUAACCCGCGAAUCAUCCGCAGUAGAAACGCCAGCGAAGACGAGGACGCCAAUCAUAGCAGCCAACAAAAAUAUAGAAAAAUGAUUAAACUCUUUACGCUGAAGCAACAAAAGAAAGACGGCGAACAAAAAGGGAGCGGUGGCCAGCAGAAGAAAGCAUCGGCUGCCCAACUGCGCAUACAAAAAGAUAUUAGCGAAAUGAACCUGCCCAAGACUUGCGUGACUGAAUUUCCGGAUGCCGAUGACUUGCUCAACUUCAAAUUGAUCAUUUCGCCCGACGAAGGGUUCUACAGAGAUGGGCGCUUUGUGUUCAACUUCCGCGUGGGAUCCAACUACCCGCACGAGCCCCCAAAAGUGAAAUGUGCAACGCAGGUCUACCAUCCGAACAUUGAUCUCGAGGGCAAUGUGUGUUUGAAUAUAUUGCGCGAAGACUGGAACCCAGUGCUGACCAUUAAUUCGAUAGUCUAUGGCUUGCAGUUUCUUUUUUUGGAACCCAAUCCUGAGGAUCCACUUAACAAGGAGGCCGCCGAUGUCCUUCAGAGCAAUCGUCGCCAGUUCGAGUACAAUGUGAAGAAGGCGAUGCGCGGCGGUUGUGUGGGCGAGACCUACUUCGAGUGCUGUCUCCUCAAGUGAUAUAGGAAAUCAAACAGUCUUUUUAAUUUAAGCCUGCCUCCGCAUUAGGAAGGAUGAUGUUCAUCAUGAAGACGAACAGCAGAGCAGAUGAAUGGCAGCGGACAACAGAAUCAACCAAUUAUUGUAAUAAAAGAAAGAAAAACCACUGCGUACACGAAGAAGAAAACAACA